CAGCGUUUCUCUCUAAAUAUUUAGCUUUUUUCAAAGCCUCGGUCCACACACUGAGGUGCACGCUCUGUACGCGGAGCGUACGCUCUGCGUAGGCGUGCCUAAAGUUUCCCUGUAGGAUGGGGCGCUUGGAUGGAAAGCCAGCGCACAGCGCUGCUUAUUCUUCUUGGGAUAGUGGAGUUCAUGAAAAGAAGCAUAUUGGUUCUCCAGCGUAAAAGGCCCAUUUUUGAGAUGUCGCUGCGUAAAAGCGGCGAGACUUAGUCACUACUAAGAGCUAAGUGCGUGCAGUAGCCUGUGGUUAUUUUGUCACUAGUAUUGUGCUGAUAGGAAGGGAAGUAAUGGAUUGUUAUUUUUUUAAGGCCUCAUCUGUUCUCAAAACAGUGUCUUAGAAAAAUGCUUUAUUUCCUGGCUGAAGACAUGGCUUGCUGUUGAAUUUGUCGAGGAACUGCAAUGGGUUUUUUAAUGUCUGUCUGUGACUUGCAGGGGUUAUCUUCAAAUGUGUUUGCUCAGAGUUGAAUACAAAUGGGGAGGUGGGGAGAACGAAGAUGCAGCUCUGCAUUUUAUGGUCGUAGGGAGUUUCUGCUAUUCAGAAAAGGGGAAAUUGCCUUCUUUGACAGCAUUUCAGUAGGGAUAAUUGUUUUCAAGUGCUUCCAGUCAGAUCCUGUAAGGCUCCCAAGCAGAGAAAGCUUGCUGAAUCUGUUGCAGUUCUGUAUGGGGAGAGGUUCACAGGCUUGAACUUUGGCACACGGGAGCUAGAGGAAGCUAGAUAACCCUUUAGACCAUUUACUGUAGUGGUCUUGCAGUGUCAAGACAACUAAAGUAACCAUAAAAAGCUGGAAAAGUAAAAGGGCAUUUAAUAUCCUGCAGAUGUACUGGCUUUUGCUUAUUUUAUGAAUCAGGUUAUUACAUAAAUGAAAGAGUAAAGCAGCAUACUGUUUUUAUAGGGUCGAGUGCAUGCCAGGCGCUUUGCAGGUCAGACGAAAAGAUCCCUGCCUUGGAGAGCUUACAAUCCCUAACGAGAUAUUGAUCAAACCUGCUUUUGGACAGCUUGCUAGCCCGUGAGCCUGUUCAGGUGGGAUUUUUCAUCAGAGGCCAUGGAGCUUUCGGCUAAUGAACUCAGCAUUUAUGACAAGCUAUCAGAAACGAUUGAUUUGGUGCGACAGACUGGCCACCAGUGUGGGAUGUCAGAAAAAGCCAUUGAGAAAUUUGUCAAGCAGCUCUUGGAAAGAAACGAACCCCAAAGGGGACCUCCACGGUACCCUAUCUUAGUGGUUCUCUACAAGGGCCUGCUCACACUGGGACUGGUCUUGCUAACUGUUUACUUUGUGAUCCAGCCAUAUAGCCCAUUGCCACCUGAAGCUCCGCUCUCCAGAGCCCAUGCCUGGGGCUCCCUCAUCGGUCACAUCCGGCUGCUCUCUUUGCCUAUUGCCAAGAAGUACAUGCUCGAGAAAUGCCAGGACUGGUGGGCAGCAGGUUGCAGACAGAACAGUUCUACACUUCCUGCGAACUGCACAGUCUGUUCUGCUGUGAAGAGCCUUCAGAUAGUGACAGACUUUGGAGAAAUAUCAGAAAAACUCCGGAGGUCUCAGCCUUUUCUAAUCAAGACAGGGCAGCAUUUUUCUUAUGAAGAGUUAAAGCGUUUUCAGUCCCAGGAUCCAGAACUGGCAGAGGUUAUAGUAGAAGAAAAUUCAGCUGAACUGUGGAGCUGCCUUCCAAGACAGAGCUUCCCAUUUUUCUUUCCCUGGAACAAAUCUCUGAAUAAAACUUGGAUUCUGCAGGAAUUUUUCCCUGCUUCCUCCUUGCUAUCCUUCCCUAAGGCAGUGUCCCUAGAGAGCUGCUUCCUCAUCCGCCAUCCGGAUUUGAGGAAUAAGAGCUAUAGUUUGCACAGCCUGUUUGCUGUUGGAAGUGGACAGCUCACCCUGACCGUUGUGCCUCUGGACAAGUGUAGAGGACAGUGCAAGACAUUCAAGGUGGAGCUGGAAGCUGGAGAUCUCGGUUAUGCCAGCACGGAUUACUGGACGAUGAGCUUCACUGCCAAAGGGACAGAGCCUGCACUCGUUUGUGAUGGAGUUGCCAGCUAAGGACGGUGGGGAGGGAAAACGGAGCUGCUUCCAGGACAAGAAGACUUUCAGCUUUGCAGCCAAAGCAAUGUCUUGAAAGUGAUAGAGCUGGGGCAAUGGGGCAGGCAGCUUUGCCACCCUGCAUGUUUACAGUGUUUAAAAAACGACUGUUUUCCUGA